AUGUCCACAACAACUACCGUAACAGCCACCCAGCCACGCGUGGUCACCCAAGACGCCAACAACACAAACCACAGCGAUGCAGUCCCCAAAGCAGAGGAUGACCCAGCCUUCCAAGCCCUCGCGCGAGGCGACCGAAAUGGCAGACUCAAGCUCCGCGGGAUCCCAACAUUCACCGACCCCAUGGCCAAACGCCAAUGGAUCCGCGAGCACAUGGCCGGUGCAUUCCGGUUUUUCGGAAAGCAGGGCUACGGCGAGGGUGUAUCGGGUCAUAUUUCCGUGAGAGACCCCAUCCUGCCCGACCACUUCUGGAUGAACCCGUUCGCAAUGCACUUCUCGCUCAUCCGCGCCUCGGAUCUCGUGCUCGUCGACAGCGCCGGGUACGUCGUGGAAGGCGGAAACCAGGAUAUGAUCAACGAGGCGGGCUUCAUGAUUCAUUCCGAGGUGCACCAUGCGCGGCCUGAAGUGAUGGCUGUAGCGCAUACGCACGGCGUGUAUGGGAAGACGUGGAGCUCGUUCGGGAGGAAUAUUGAGAUGCUUACCCAGGAUGCGUGUAACUUCUACGGCAAGGUUAGUGUUUAUGAGGAGCAUGGGGGGAUUGCACUUGCGCAGGAUGAGGGAAGGGCGAUUGCGAGGGCGCUUGGGAGGGAGAAUAUUGCGGCGAUUUUGAUGAAUCAUGGGUAUGCUCCUUUCCUUGCAUUGCGUGUUUUGAGGAAGAAGCUAAUAGGUAGAUUGAUUACCGUUGGGUCUACGGUUGAUGAGGCUGCGUUCUUGUUCUACAGUUUGGAUAAGGCGUGUCACUCGCAGUUGAUGGCUGAGGCUGCUGCUGCGAAUGGGGUUCCUAAGAGGAUUAUCUCUGAUGAGGUGGCUCAGUUUACGGCGGAUUCGGUGCAGACGCCGCACAAUUUCUAUCUCGAGUUCCAGCCCGAGUUCAACCUGAUUGUCAAGGAGUCGAAUGGGGAAGUGCUGCAGUAA